AUGGUUUCAACUACUACUCUAGGUGGCCCUGCAAAGGAUGUCCUAGUUGCCAAAGUCGGCACGGGACUCAUGUUGUUGACGUGGACGCGCACACCUCUGCCGGAUGAGGAGCUCUUCGAGGUGCUCAAGACGGCGAUUGAUGCUGUGCCCGCUGGAAGCAAGAUGCUCUUCAACAGCGCUCAGUUUUACGCUCUCGAUCUCGGGACCGGAAACCUCGAGCUCCUGGCGCGCUUCUUCGAGAGGUACCCUUUAUAUGCUGACAGAGUCUUCCUCACUGUCAAUGGAGGUAUGAAGAACAAGAUGGAACCCGAUCCCUCGCCAGAGGGUCUUCGCGCCUCGAUUGAGAAAUGUGCCAAGGCUCUUCGCGGUACCAAGAAGGUCGACUUAUUCCAGAAUGCGCGUGUCUCACGCUUGACGCCCAUUUCCGAGCAAAUGAAGGUGCUCAAGGGUUUCGUCGACGAAGGCCUGAUCGGGAACAUCGGUCUGUCAGAGUGCAGCGCUGCGACUAUUCGCGAGGCCGUCCAGUAUGCGCCUAUCACCGCCGUCGAGAUUGAGAUCAGCCCUUGGGCAUACGAGGCUGAAACGCGCAAUGUCAUCGCAACUUGUGCUGAGCUGGGCAUAGCUAUCUUCGCGUAUUCGCCACUCGGGGUAGGGUUCCUGACCGGCGAACUUCAGUUCCCACUCAAGGACUGGCGCAAUCUCGUGAUCCGUUACCGGGAUGAGCAUCGUGACAAGAACCUCAAGCUCGUCGAAGCCCUCAAGGUUGUCGCUCAGAAGAAAGGCAUCACAGCAGCUCAACUUUGCCUUGCCUGGACCCAGGCUCUUGGAGAGCGUAUUAUUCCGAUUCCCUGUUCGACACAAACAUCACAUGUAUUGGAGAAUCUUCAGUCCAGUGACGUCAAGCUCAGCAGCGAUGAACUUGUCGAGAUUGAUCGUAUACUCGCCAAGUAUCCUGUCUCGGGCGAACGUUUCUGGGAGGAGCACAACAACUCGCUCCAGCUCUGGGGUUAG